UCAUGAUGAAGCUACUUCUUUCACUGACUCUCAUCUGGGCUCUCUCCAGCACAACUGCAGCUCUUGUGUGUCAGACUUGCACAGAUGAUUCAUGUACAAGCACCGUACCACUAACAUGUUCCACAGAGACAAUGUGUAUAACUGCCGCCAUUGAAGCUGUUUCAUCUGGAACUCCUGGACAACAAAUCUUUAAGGCAUGUGCAUCGUCCUCCCUGUGUCCAGCCACAGGAUCUCAGAUAUUUUCAGUCAACUUGGGUGUCUCGAGUGCACUUGCAUCUGCUACAUGCUGCAACACAGAUAACUGCAACUCAGCCACUCUGUCAUUCCCCACCACUCCAUCAGUCAACAGCCUCCAGUGUUAUUCAUGUAACCCUGUCACAUCACAAUGCACCACUUCAGUACAGUGCACAGGAACACAAGAUCGCUGCAUUCAAGCAAGUUUGACAAAUGGGGCCACCACUUCUCCUGCCUUUGGUUGUGCAUCUGUAAACACGUGUGCAGCUGCUGGUAGCCUGGGGACACUACCUUUUAUGCAAAAUGUUGGCAACAUUACCAGUGGACCAACGUGCUGUGACACAAAUCUAUGUAACACUGUCACAACAACUGCUGCCCCAACUACAACUACUGCUGCAGCAACUACAACUGCUGCCCCAACUACAACUGCUGCAGCAACAACUACUGCUCCAACUACAACUGCUAGCCCAACUACAACUGCUGCAGCAACUACAACUGCUGCAGCAACUACAACUGCUGCUCCAACUACAACUGCUGCCCCAACUACAACUGCUGCUCCAACUACAACUGCUGCCCCAACUACAACUGCUGCAGCAACAACUGCUGCCCCAACUACAACUGCUGCUCCAACUACAACUGCUGCCCCAACUACAACUGCUGCAGCAACAACUGCUGCUCCAACUACAACUGCUGUUCCAGCAACCGCAACUGCUUCCCCAACUUCAGUUGCUAUCCCAACUACAACAGGUGCACCACCUACAGCAACAUCCAACUUAGCGACACAAAACAACCCAACUACAACUACAACUACCUCCAGUUCUGCUUAUUGUAUCAGACUGGGUACUAUCCAUCUUCUGUUAGGACUUGUUUUAUUUACCCUCUUUUAGAAUAUGACAUGAAUGAAUGACCACUGAAGCCACCAAUUGACUGUGAGGUUAUUUGUAUUAGCCUUAUUGCCAUUUUUAGUUGGUUGUUGUGUGAAGUCGAAGUUACACAUUUAGUCAAAAGUCUAUAGAGUCUGGGUGAAACUGACUUUGCUGAAGGCGACACCAAUACAAUACUCCUAGGAAAGAAACUUUGUCACAACUUUUUUACUUGAACUUAUGUGUAAUUAUUAUGUGUAUUUCAAAUUAAUUGAAUGCUUUAACAUUGUUUGCACUUAAAUCUUCCCAAUAAUUGUACAAAUCUGAUCCACUUACAAGUGUAUUUGCUGGUUAAAAUGAUGAAAUAAAUUGACCACACAUAAAACACA